GUUUGAAUUUUCUAUCCGAAGAGUGCGCUUAGUGCCGCUGCUGCGACGGCGUUUAGACUUCCACCUGGGUAACCGUCGCCCCCGCCGCCCUCUUGAAACUCAAGUUGUUUUGUUUUUGUUGUCGCGUUGGUGUUGAGAGCGCGAAACGAACUCGAACCGAACAGAAACGAAGCUCUCUGGGGGAUCCAAGCCGAAGAUCCAGUGCCAAGCCAAAUCCCACGUAUCGCUGCUCUCCCCGAUAGUUACUACUAUCUUUUUUUUUCGUGUGCAUUCUUUGAACAGAAACUGAAGAGUAAUGGUGGCCAACGUGUGAGGAACCCGAAAGUCCCGUAGCAAAGUCACCAGGCAGCCGAUACGAUCCGCAACAGUCAGCGUUAGUGUCAAGGAGUAGAAAUAUCCUCCGUAACAAAGAAUCCUCGCAUAUCGCAUAAUAUAGAGUAGCAGACCGACAAGAUGUUUGAUGUCUUUGGGUCCGUCAAGGGCCUGCUGAAGAUCGACCAGGUGUGCAUCGACAACAAUGUCUUUCGCAUGCACUACAAGGCCACGGUGAUCAUACUGAUCGCCUUCUCCCUGCUGGUGACCUCGCGCCAAUACAUCGGUGACCCGAUCGAUUGUAUUGUGGACGAGAUCCCACUGGGCGUGAUGGAUACCUACUGCUGGAUCUACUCGACGUUCACCGUGCCGGAAAGGCUAACGGGCAUCACCGGACGCGAUGUGGUGCAGCCCGGCGUGGGCUCCCAUGUGGAGGGCGAGGACGAAGUGAAGUACCACAAGUACUACCAGUGGGUGUGCUUCGUCCUCUUCUUCCAGGCCAUCCUGUUCUACGUGCCGCGCUAUCUGUGGAAGUCCUGGGAGGGCGGACGCCUCAAGAUGCUGGUCAUGGACCUCAACAGCCCCAUUGUGAACGAUGAGUGCAAGAACGAUCGCAAGAAGAUCCUGGUCGACUACUUCAUCGGCAACCUGAACCGCCACAACUUCUACGCUUUCCGAUUCUUCGUGUGCGAAGCCCUGAACUUUGUGAAUGUGAUUGGACAAAUCUACUUUGUGGACUUCUUCCUCGACGGCGAGUUCAGCACCUACGGCAGUGAUGUCUUGAAGUUCACGGAGCUGGAGCCCGAUGAGCGCAUUGAUCCCAUGGCGCGGGUCUUUCCGAAGGUCACCAAAUGCACGUUCCACAAAUACGGUCCAUCCGGCAGUGUGCAGACCCACGACGGUCUGUGCGUGCUUCCCCUGAACAUUGUCAACGAAAAGAUCUACGUGUUCCUGUGGUUCUGGUUCAUCAUCCUGAGCAUCAUGUCGGGAAUAUCGCUUAUCUACAGAAUCGCCGUGGUGUCGGGUCCCAAGCUGCGCCAUCUCCUGCUCCGAGCCCGUUCCCGUCUGGCCGAAAGCGAGGAGGUCGAACUGGUGGCCAACAAAUGCAACAUCGGCGAUUGGUUCCUGCUCUACCAGCUGGGCAAGAACAUCGAUCCGCUCAUCUACAAGGAGGUGAUCUCGGACUUGUCGCGCGAAAUGGGCGGCGAUGAGCAGAGCGCCCACAAGCGACCCUUCGACGCCUAAUCAGUGGGCGUGGCCGUGUGCCAGAGUGCCAUUUCACGCAGCCGAAAUUGGGUUAAGACGAUGAUAAGACGUAGUCGGAAAAUGGGGAAAUCAAUAAUUGGAAAGCGGAGGGAGGAUAAAGGAUUAAAGGAUAAAGGAUUAAGGAAGCCGACAAUGUAGAUGAGGCCUUUCGAGCUAAUGACGAGCUAAUGAACACAUAUCAACGAAUUCCAUGGUAAAGGACAAGAUCGCAAGCAAUAGCCGAUUUUACAGUUUACUGUUUUGCAUCAACAACAAGACACGUACAAUUGCAAUUACAAUUACAAUAAAGUAACAAACAACAAUAAUAUAACAAAUAACAGAUACUAGCCGCAGCCAGAAACGUAAGCUAAAAGAGUGGAUUGGUUUUUGGAUUGGAUUGGUUCAACGGUCCCAAGACAAUCAAAUUUUCCAUUUGCCAAAAUCAAGAAUUUCCCAACUGGACCGAAAAUCCCAUGGCCAAUCCAUUUUAAGACAUUCCUGGUAAUCUUGAAAGACAGAAGAAAAGACAUUUACAAACUAUAUAUUUUUUUGUGCAGCAGCUAACAAAUUGAGAUAUGAUAGAUCUAUAUACAUCCAUAUAUAUUUUUAAUAAGCAAUUACAUAUAUAUUUAUACAUAAAUAUACAGACGGACCGAAACAAAUCUAUAUAUUUAUGAAUGCCACAUGCGAGUAACAUUUAUGCUAAGAGUUGUGAUCAUUGAUUAAGACAUCUAAAAAAAUGCGAAAAUACAAAAAAAAAGAAGACAAAAUAAACAAAACAAUAAUUUACACUUAGUAAAGAAAAAACGCCAGCAUAAUAAUACACAUUUUAUUUCAAUUUUUACUCUUUUAAUUUAGCAAUUUUCGCCAGCAAAUAAUAAUUAGAAUUAUAUAAUUCCUUUUUUUUUUUUGCAUAUCUUUGGUAGCAUUUAUUUAGUUUAGCGCAAUUUUUUUUAACACACACCCGAACUCAUCAUAAAAGAAGAGCAAUUAAAUUUAUACAUAUAUAUAUUUAUAUAUACAUAUAUAUAUAAAUAUAUAUUUAUAGACGUAUAUAUUUUUGUAAAUGAAACUGCAAGAAGUAUACAUUUAGCUUUUAAGCGUAAAAAUGGAAAAGACCAACAAAAAUGAAAGACUCAAAAGCAAUAUUUAAUAUUUAAAAGCAAUCGAAAAUCAGAUAAAUGUGUUUGCAAACUGUGUGUUUAUCAUCGACGCGAUAAACGAGCCAAGCCUAAAAUAAGUUUCAAUUUCAAUUCCAUAUACUUAUAAAUACUUACAUUAAACGAGAAUAAAAACACCCAAAACAUUAUGAUCUUUAAUAUGAUUUAUUGUUUGUACUCGAGCCGAACAACUUCAUUUCAUGCGAAAAUAAACAAUAAACAAGAAAAUAAAACAAGGAAAAUCGAAGCAAA